CCCAGGAAAGAACAGGGCCCAGGUGUCCCCAACGCCGGGUCCCUACCCCCUAAAGGUGUCCGUGCGCUGCGGCUCACUGCCCCGCGUCUCCCGGCAGGUGUCCUUCCGCCGCAGGUGUCCUCCUGCCGCAGCUGUCCCGGCUCCCGGCCAUGGUGGACGUGCUGGGCGGGCGGCGCCUGGUGACCUACGACGGCACGUGGGUGGAGGCCGAGGCGGCGCUGCAGAACAAGGUGGUGGCGCUGUACUUCGCCGCGGGCCGGUGCGCGCCCAGCCGCGAUUUCACGCCGCUGCUCUGCGACUUCUACGCGGAGCUAGUGGACCAGGCGCGGCCGUCCGCCCCCUUCGAGGUGGUCUUCGUGUCCGCCGACGGCAGCGCGCAGGAGAUGCUGGACUUCAUGCGGGAGCUGCACGGCGCCUGGCUGGCGCUGCCCUUCCACGACCCCUACCGGCAUGAGCUGAGGACCAGGUACCACAUCAUGGCCAUCCCCAGGCUUGUGAUCGUGAAACCGAGCGGGGACGUCAUCACUGACAAAGGGCGGAAGCAGAUCCGGGAGCGGGGGCUGGCCUGCUUCCAGAGCUGGGUGGAGGCAGCUGACAUCUUCCAGAAUUUCUCCGGUUGAGCUGGGGGGAGAUCUCCGGGGACCUGGACAGGUGUGUGUCACUCGUGUUGCUGCAGCGUGAACAUGACAGAGAAGAGGAGCAUCCUGUUUCCUUUCUCGAUGCUGGUGGUUUCUUUCAGAGCAGAAACACUCAGCUGUGAUGGCAAGAAACUAUUGCUCAGGGAAUGCCCUCCCUGUAGCCUUGUUUGUAGUUAUUUUUAUUAUUCUUAGCAUAGCU